AUGCUUACAUCACGUUAUGAUCUAUAUAUUGGUAUUGGUAUUGGAGCUAUCUCUGUUAUUAUAAUAAUUAUUAUUGCAACAAUUAUAUUUUGUAAAUGUUGUGUACCAUCAUCAAGUCAUCGAUAUUUUGGUCGGUCAGUUAGUCAUUAUGCAGCCAUUAAUAAUAUAGAUGCUAAAACAUAUUUCAAACCACCACAACAUCUCAGUUAUACACCAAUAGUUCAUCGAAUUCCACAACCACCUGUUAUUACAGAAGAAACAACAUCUCAAUCUGCUCGUACUUCAGUUAUUUCCGGUGGUCGCUUAUCCAUUUUAUCAGAAAAAUUAUCUCGUCUAUCUAUUAGUUCAAAUCAAUCAGGUCGACCAUCGGUUGCAUCAGAUAGUGUACUUUUACCUAAAAAAGGCGAAGUCGGUCGUCUAUCACAUUCCUAUGAAGAUACAGAUACACAAGCAAUUACAGCACAUUAUGCUGGUAGACGUAGUUCGAAACCGAUGCAACGUUUAUCGGCAGUAGAAAGUGAUAAUUAUGUAUCAACAUUAUUUAAUACGAAUAAUUCAAAAAAUAUUCGAUUUCAAUUAUUUCCACGUUCAUCCGAUGCUGUUGAACAAUCUAUAUCAUCUGUUGAUCAAACAUCAGGAAAUACGGAAGAUCAAUCAUCUAAACGUUUAUUAACAAAAAUUGAUUCACAACAAAAUCUUAAUUCAAGUCGUCGUCAAUCAUUACUUCGAUCACCAUCAUCACGUUAUGCGAUACCAAAAUUUCCGAUUGCUGCAAAACAAUCAAAUCUUGGUGCACGUGCUUCCAUGAUACCUUUAGAACAUGGAUUUCUUUCUCCUCCAAUUGUACCACAAACAACUUUUCAACUUAAUAAAAAUAAAACACUUCGUGGUGCAUUAGGAGCAAUAAUGCCUAAUCUCUACUUCACAGGUACCGCAUGUGCUACUAAUAAUGAUACUAAUGGGAAUACUGGAAUGGCUACAAGUAUUAGUGGUACUAUUCUAGAACGAGCAAAUGAUGAUACAUCGACCUUAGAAGAAAAAGUACAUCGAUUACAUAUUCGUCUUGUUUAUGAUGAACAUCGAAAUGAUCUUGUCGUUAAUAUAAUUGAAGCUCAAUGUUUACCUGUUGAACGUGAAGAAUCAGCAAAUCCAUAUGUUAAAAUUUAUCUUCGCCCACCUAUAGAUCAAAAACUACGUCAAACAUCAGUUCAACCAACAACAAUAAAUCCUAUAUGGGAUGAAUAUUUUAAAUUUGGUGUUACGAAUGAAACAGUAUUAAAAACAACGAAAACUUUAUAUUUUUAUAUUUAUAAUUAUGCACAUUCAAGUCGACCGGAAUGUAUUGGUGAAGCACAAUUACGUUUAACACCACAAAUAUUACAUGCGGACAGUGAUCUAUGGUGUACAAUUAGUAAACAACGAGCAGAGGAUGAAUAUCUUGGUGAAUUAUUAAUUUCAUUAACAUAUUUACCGCAAGCUGAACGACUUAACGUUGGUAUUAUUGAAGCACGAAAUUUAAAAGCACUUUCAAUGCAUAUUGAAGCUGAUCCAAUUGUCCGUUUAACAUUACAAUUAGGCCAAACAGAUAAAGUAAAACGUAAAAAAACAAGUACUAAACGUAAUACAUUAAAUCCAAAAUGGAAUGAAGAAAUCUCAUUUAAUAUCCCAGGUGUACCAUUAGCUGAAUCUUCUCUUGAAAUAGGUGUUUAUCAUCAUGAUCUUAUUGCACCAGAUGAACCAUUAGGCUUCUUACGUUUUGAACAUAUAACACCUAUUAGUAGUGCUAAUAUAACUCAACAUAGUGAAAUAAUACAUUGGUGUGAAGUAAUUAAUGGUGAACAACGAGCUGCUUGUUGGCAUUUAUUACGAAAAACUGCAAGAAUUACAUCUAUAACAUCAUCACCGUCAUCUAACAAUAAUAAUAAUCAUAAAAAUUCACAACAACAACAACAACCGAGAAAUUCAACAAUUGUUAUUAAAUAA